CUUCCUUUCUUUCUUCUUCAUUUGGCAUUCGCUGUUGAAGGUCGCGUUUGGACCUUAGUUUUAGUUUAUUUUUAAUUUUAGCUCUAAAUAAAACUAUAGUCAUGGCAAAUAACGACAAUUUUGCACAAGAUAUUACUGAACAAGUGAAUGGGAAUGGAGAAAACGGUGGAGGAGAUGCACAGGAAAAUAACAGUGCUGAAGCCCCUGGACGCGAUGACGACAGAAAACUGUUUGUGGGAGGUCUCAGCUGGGAGACAACAGACAAGGAAUUACGUGAACACUUUGGCGCGUAUGGCGAAAUUGAGAGCAUCAAUGUAAAAACCGACCCCAAUACCGGGCGCUCGCGUGGGUUCGCCUUCAUCGUCUUCAAGUCACCAGAGUCUAUCGACAAAGUGAUGGCAGCUGGCGAACAUACUAUCAAUGGCAAGAAAGUUGACCCCAAGAAGGCGAAAGCACGACAUGGCAAGAUCUUCGUCGGUGGCCUCAGUAGCGAAAUCUCAGAUGAUGAAAUUAAGAACUUCUUCAGUAACUUUGGCACAAUAAUUGAGGUUGAGAUGCCAUUUGACAAAACAAAGAAUCAAAGAAAAGGAUUUUGUUUCAUCACAUUUGAGUCCGAGCAGGUAGUCAAUGAGCUGCUGAAGACACCUAAGCAGACAAUUGGUGGUAAAGAGGUGGACGUGAAGCGUGCCACUCCUAAACCCGACGGCCCUGGAGGCAUGGGCGGGCGCGGGGGUCGCGGUGGACGAGGCGCGCGAGGCGGACGCGGCGGCCGAGGUGGCUACGGAGGUCAGGGCGCCUGGGGCAACCAAGGCUACGGGGGCUACGGCUACGGACAGGGAGGCUACGGCGGCGGGUACGACGGCUACGGCUAUGGCAGCUACGGUUACGACGGAUACGGCGGUUACGGCGGAUACGAUUACUCCGGAUACCCCAAUUACGACUACGGCGGGUACGGAGGGUACGAGGGCGGCUACGGCGCGCGCUCGGCUCCACGCGGGAAAGCAGGCUACCAGGGCGGCAAGCAGCGCGGUGGCGGCGGCGGCGGCCGCGCCAACCAGAGGCACCAGCCCUACUGAACGUACCUGCCACACCCAUCUCAGUCCAAUAGUAAGGUUAAGUCAUCGGUCAUGAGUGCCUCCCGCGCCCCGCCGAGCCGCCGCGCAGGGGGCACGUCAUUCCAUUCCACAUAAUUAAUUUAAGAAGUAAUCUUUUUAAGAAGAUUUUUUAAGGAUAAAUACUGUCUAUGUUGCAUGUCCGCAUCUGGGCGGUCGAUGCAUAAAAUUUAUUAUAAUAUAGUAUGGAUUAUAGAUUCACUGAGUAUUAUUGCUGAUUAGAAUCAAUUUUGACAUUGUCUUACCUUUUGAACUGAUGUAGAGUAACUUUGAUCAGAGCUUACAGUCCGGCAAGCGCGCCGGCGAGCCAGUUACAUGCAGUAUGUGUAGUGUGUGAAUGUGUGUGUGAGCCGCCGAGUGCGAGUAGACCCUCCACUGACAGUUGAAUGUUCGGAUCUCAUACAAAAAUGUUGUAGUUUUGUAUUUUUAACUGGUAAAUGAACAAGGAAUCAGAAUCAUGUAUUUUAUACAAACUUAGAUGUUUCUUCCAUUGAGUAGGAAUGAAAUUAAAUUCUUAGAUGUUAAGUAAUCGGACAUGAACAAACUUCUGCAGAUAUACAAGUUGUGUAUGUCGAAAUAAAGAAAUGUGUAAAUAAAA